AUGGGAAGGACCAAUUGGACAGAGAUUGAGUUCAUUCUGCAGGGACUUUCAGAGUACCCGAGAGCUGAAAAAUUCCUUUUCGUGAUGUGCUUGGUGAUGUACCUGGUGAUUCUCCUGGGGAACGGCACCUUGAUCAUUCUGACACUCCUGGAUCCUCGUCUCCACACACCCAUGUACUUCUUCCUUGGGAAUCUUUCCUUCUUAGACAUUUGGUACACAUCCUCCUUCAUCCCCUCAAUGCUGAUACACUUCCUAUCAGAGAAGAAAACCAUCUCCUUCACUAGAUAUGUGGUUCAAAUGUCUGUCUCUUACACUAUGGGAUCCACCGAGUGUGUGCUUCUAGCAGUGAUGGCAUAUGACCGUUAUGUGGCCAUCUGCAACCCUCUGAGAUACCCCAUCAUCAUGGGCAAGGCCCUUUGUAUUCAGAUGGCGGCUCUCUCUUGGGGACUAGGCUUUCUCAACUCAUUGACAGAAACUGUUCUUGCAAUGCGGUUGCCCUUCUGUGGAAAAAAUGUCAUUAAUCAUUUUGUUUGUGAAAUAUUGGCCUUUGUCAAGCUGGCGUGCACAGAUAUUUCCUUGAAUGAGAUUAUUAUAAUGUUGGGCAAUGUAAUAUUUUUGUUUUCUCCAUUACUGCUGAUUUGUAUCUCUUACAUCUGUAUCCUUUCUACUAUACUAAGAAUCAAUUCAGCUGAAGGAAGGAAAAAGGCCUUUUCCACCUGUUCAGCCCACAUGACAGUGGUGAUUGUGUUUUAUGGGACAAUUCUCUUCAUGUAUAUGAAGCCGAAGUCCAAAGACUCUGCUUUUGACAAGCUGAUUGCCCUGUUCUAUGGCAUAGUCACCCCCAUGCUCAAUCCUGUCAUCUAUAGCCUAAGGAACACAGAGGUGCAUGGAGCCAUGAGGAAAUUAAUGAGUGGACACUGGUUCUGGAGGAAAUGA